GACGUCCAACGUCGACCAUACAUAUAACAACUACCAGUUUUGACAGUUUGAAUCCAACUCCAAAAUUGAUAUGGCCGUUAAAAUCUCCCCGCAGUCCUAAAAUGUAUCUCCAUCACUCUCUCUCCACCUCCAACAAUCCUUCUUCUCUCCUCCUUAGCUUAGCUUGUGUCUCAUUUGUCGAUAAUAGCAAUUAAUGAAGCAAUGUCGUCUGCAGAGAAGAACAGCAUGGCGGGCAACAUGGUCCACCCGGAUCCCAACUUGUCGUCGUCGAGCGGCGACAUAGACGAGUACCGCAACAGCAGCUUCAACGGGUACGAGCCGAACCGCAAUAGCGGGGAGGGGUCCCCGAUGAUGAUGUCGCCGUGGAACCAGCCCGGCGGCGCGUGGUCGGCCCCCAGCAAGAACUCGUCUCAGCAACUGCAGAACAGCCUGAUCGGCUCCCUGGUCCGCGAGGAGGGCCACAUAUACUCCCUCGCCGCCAAGGACGACAUCCUCUACACCGGCUCCGACAGCAAGAACAUCCGCGUCUGGAAGAGCAUGAAGGACUUCUCCGCCUUCAAGUCCAACAGCGGCCUCGUCAAGGCCAUCAUCAUCGCCGACGACAAGAUCUUCACCGGCCACCAAGACGGCAAGAUCCGCGUCUGGAAGAUCAGCCCCAAGAACCCCAGCGUCUACAAGCGCUCCGGCACCAUGCCCACCUUCUUCGACAUCUUCAAGGCCUCCAUCAAGCCCGGCAACUACGUCGAGGUGCGCCGCAAGCGCAGCGCCGUCUGGAUCAAGCACGCCGACGCCAUCUCCUGCCUCAGCAUGGACAAGGACACCGGCUUUCUCUACUCCGCUUCCUGGGACAAGACUUUCAAGGUGUGGCGCCCCGAGAAUUCCAAGUGCAUGGAGUCCGUCAAGGCGCACGACGACGCCGUCAACUCCGUCGUGGCCAGCACCGCCGCCAUGGUCUACACGGGCUCCGCCGACGGCAAGGUCAAGGCGUGGAAGAGGGAGCAGAAGGGGAAGGCCUGCAAGCACACGCUCGUCAAGACGCUGCUCACUCAGGAGUCGGCCGUGACGGCGCUGGCCGUGAGCGACUCGGACAAGGUGGUGUACUCGGGGUCGUCGGACGGGGUGGUGAACUUCUGGGAGGUGGAGAAGCAGCUGUCGCACGGCGGCGUGCUGAAGGGGCACAAGCUGGCGGUGCUGUGCCUGGCGGCGGCGGGGAGCUUGGUGUUCAGCGGGUCGGCGGACAAGACGAUAUGCGUGUGGCGGAGGGAGGGGCAGGCGCACACGCGCCUCUCGGUGUUGACAGGGCACACGGGGCCGGUGAAGUGCCUGGCCGUGGAGAAGGACAAGGAGUCCGCCGCCGAGGAGAAGUGGGUGGUGUACAGUGGGAGCCUCGAUAAGUCUGUGAAGGUGUGGAGCGUGUCGGAGAUGGCGCCGGACAUGCAGCAGAUUCAAAAUGGGAAUUUUGAUUGGGAUUCCAUACCGUCGGCCAAAUAUUGACGACUCACAUCAAUUCUUGAGGUAACUAUAUAUGUGUAAUAUCGAUGACUCGUAGAUUUCAGUUUCUACUGCUACCUAUUGUAUUUAGUUGAUUAUUUUCUUUCCCAACUCUUUUCCUGUUUCCAACUUACUUUUACAUCUUUUUAUCCUUUA